GAGGCACUUCCGCCCUGACUUCACUGAACAUGACGCAGAAACUAGGCGUAAAACGGGGUUAGCCAGGUGAGCAGUGUUUUCAAACGUCUCCGUUAAGGUUAUUAAACACUAUGCCUUUUUAACAAUGUUUCGUUUAUUCUAACCGAAAACGUUAUACCUCAAACACAAUCUGAGCGUUUGAGGGCAGUGUUGGGUUUCCCCACGGGUGGGAACGCACCACUAGUCAAACACGUCAGCAUAGAUCCUGCCAGCCAGUCAGCAAACAUGGCGGACAUAGGACGGCACUGUCAGUGACUUCACAGCCGCCUGACGCUCGCUCUGCAGUACGGUGCCCCAAACACCGCGACAGCUUCCUAACCGUGUGUGAGAUGGAGGAUGUGGAGAUCUCAGAUGUUAAUGAUGGAGACUCGCCCCACCAGGUGGAGAAGGCGCCUCUCAAAAACCCGGAUCUGACCCUCCUGAGCCUGAACGUGGGAGAGCUGCUGUCCCUGUAUGGAUGGUACCUGCUCAUCGGAACUGUGCUGGUCUACCUGCUAAUCCAGUACCUGAGCAAGAGGAGAUCCAGCCAGGGCCCGCGCAGCCCCCCACCAACACCGCAAGACGCUGCCCUAGUGGCCAGGAGACAGGAAGCCAUGGAAGCAGCUAGGAUGAAGAUGCAAGAGGAACUCGAUGCCAAAGCUUCCAUCUUCAGAGAGAAACAGAAACAGCAAGAAGAAGAAAAGCGGAGGCAGAAAAUUGAGAUAUGGGACAGUAUGCAGCAGGGGAAGAGUUUCAGAGGAACUGCCAAAGCUUCUCAGCCCCCGGCAGAGGCCAGCUCCUCCGCUGCAGCCGGACCAAAGCCCGACAGGAAGCCCCUCCGCAGUGCAGACUACAGUCCCCUGAGUGGACAGGGGGGGGGCUCCUGCACCUUUAGGCCUGGCAGGAGGGGUCCGUCAUCUGGUGGGUGAGGUUAAAGAAGGUCAGAGACGUUGGUCUGUAUGACCCUUGACCUCUGACACCUUCAUGUGCAAACUGACUGGAGGGGCUCACACUUCAUUGAGAUGUUGUUGUUUUUUUACUCCUGUUUGAUUCCGUGUUUACUCUGUCCUCUCUCAAAGAUGACGUGAUAAUUGUGCAUCUUGAAGUUGAAAGCCUGUAAUGAAGCCACUCCUGUCAGCGGUGUGUCACCAACAGGUUUGGCUGACGAACUUCAGUCAGUGUGUUUUUUCUCAUAUGUUUGAAUAUGUUUUCCUUAAUGUGUUCCAGCUAAGCUUUUCAGAUGUAUGUAACGAAAGCAGUUGUCGCUGGUGGACAUGUGGUCGAUUAUUAAAAAUAUUACAUCCAGUUAAUGUUUUCAUCUGUCCAAAUGCGAGGGUAUUUCUACACUGUCCUGCACAUUUGUUAUGUAAAAUAAAAAUGUGAUCACCA